AUGGCCGCCAGUCAGCAGCAACAAGCAAGGAUCAACACAGAUACCUCCUCCUUCGGCGGAGCGGACGCAGACCUCGCCGCGCGCCUGACGGGCCCGACCUCGCCCACCACCGAGCGUGCCGCAGAGGAGGCCCGCCGCCGCACCUCGACCUCGGAGUGGAAACCCCCGAUCCAGCGCACUGCCAGCUUCGACCACGAGGAGUACAAGCGCCAGAUGAUGUCCUCCAGCGGCACCUUGGAAAAGGACCAUGCCUAG